GGACAGACGGCGCGCGUGUGCGUGGUGGUUCGUUAGAUCCUCCCUCCCCCACAAAAGUGGGUCACUCCAAGGGGCAUGCCCUUAGGAGAGAUGCUCCUAUCUUUAUACUCAUUUCACCAAAAUAAAACUACCAAUGUGAUAGUUUUUCCACCUUAAAACUCUAUAGCUUUCAAAGCUAUUCAUUCAUUUCCAACAAUAACAUAAGAGAUUUGGGGGGUCGGUUAGCAUGCUAACCCCCCUUAGGGGUUGGAAAAAUGACACCCCCUAGUAUAUUAAAUACAACUAUAAAAUUUAAUACACACAUUAAAUACACAUUAGGAAUUAAAUGUACCAUAUUAAUUAGGAAUUCUCUCACUAUUAAAUACACAUUAGGAAUUAAAUACACAUUAGGAAUUCUCUCACUAUAUUUGAUUUUUCCUUUUUCAGCAGUCUCCGACCACCGAACUUCCUCCGACCGCCACACUUCUCCGGUGAAAAUCCCAUCGGCAGACUCCCUCCGACCACCUCCAAAAAAUAUACCACUGCACUGAUACGGUGUACCACUGUACUGGUAGAUAUACCACUGCACUGAUACGUUGUACCACUGUACUGGUAGAUAUACCACUGCACUGGUAGCGAUAUCAGUGCACUGGUAGCAAUGUCAUAUCUGAGUAUCAGUGCAGUGGUACAAAUACCAGUAAAGUGGUAAUUAAUGUGGUGUAUUUAAUGCUUACUUUGUAUUUAAUAACAGAACAUUUAUUAUGUUUACUUUCAUUAAUACUUGUCAAUAAUUAAUGAAAAAUUGACCAAUUAAAAGGGGGUGUCAAAAAACCAACCCCUUAAGGGGUUAGCAUGCUAACCCGUCCCGAGAUUUGGUGCAUGUGGAGAUAACAACACAGAGUUUUGUGAUGCAAUGUGUAAAGGGGUGUGCCUCUAGUGUGGCACUAACUUGAACACCAGCAGCUGUAACUGCAACAACGAGAAGGCCUCUGGGAAAACUAAUGGCCCUCUUGGAAAUUUGAGAGAACAAAUGCAAUCGAAGUUAACUCUGUGUCUUGUUAAUGAAAUAGAAACCAGUUCCAUAGCUAAUUGCUUUCCCUUCUUGUCAUGUUAUCUGAUAGUAUGAGUUCUCAUCCUGAAUGAAAUUUAUUGUUCUUGUAACAAUAAUCAAACUAUCAAUUCCAUAGUAAAAAAUCCACAAAUUUACAGCGAAAUCUGUCUACUUUGUGACCAAAUAACAAAGUCAAAUUCUUUUAACAUACGAGGAGACAAAAACAAAAAACAAAGCAUAACAAGCUACCGAAUGAGCCGUUCUGUUACCACCAUGACCAAUGAACCUUAGACUACUCUGUUCAUCAAGUCGAGUAAAGCACCUUUUUCGUUUAUAAAUCCCAGCUAGUUGUGAGUCUAAAUUUGGAAUCGGACCUUAGAAAUCAGUAGGCCCAUAUUGGUAAGCCCAAUUUUCAGUUCAGGCUUUAAGCCAUGGUCCCAUCCCAAAACCAUCCCAUCGGAGCAAGCACGUCAUUCGCGUGACCGACACGCACGGAAGAGUCGAAGACUAACACGUAAGCGUCCACGUCAUCGCGCGUUCUCAUUCUUUCCCAUGUGCAGCCGCCCGCCACACCGUAUCCUCUCCAACCAAUAAACGCGGGACGGGGCACGGCUUCACAAACAAAGACUUCAAAUCGCACAAUCUAGAGGGAAUUUGGGGGAAAAAAAGCUUCCAUCUCCACUCCGCUUCAAAUUCUAGGGUUCCUCGUUCUCCCAUUCCGCUCCAAGCUUUUCAAGAGAUCAAUUACGAUGGAAGCGAAAUCAGUGCAUGGCGUUGCGUUGGUGAUUUCGGAUGAGCAAGUGGUGCAGAUGACCACCAUUAAUGAUGCGCUGAGGGAGUUCGGCAAUGCAGCUUUGCAGUGUGACGUUCAGCUCUAUACUCAGUCAUCCUCUCAAAGUAAACUACCGGUGGAGCCAUCCUCAAUAGACUUUCUGAUUUGCAUCAGUAGAUCACAUGAAUCUCCUGGUGGGAGUUGGUUUGAUGAAAUUUCGCGGGCGUUAAAACCUGGUGGUACUCUCCUUGUCUAUAAGAUUCUGCAGUCUGCUCCAAGGGAAACCGAGAAGUCACUUGAACGCCAAUUACUUUUGGCUGGGUUCUUGGAUGCUAAAGGUGUUCAGCGGAGCUCAAAUGCUGUUCUGACAGUUGUGAUUGUGAAGGCAAAGAAGGCUUCUUGGAAAAUUGGGACAUCAUUUGCUCUCAAAAAGGGUACAAAAGCGCCGGUGAAGCUUCAGAUUGAUGAUGAUUCAGAUUUGAUAGACGAAGAUAGCCUUUUGACCGAAGAGGAUUUGAAGAAACCUCAAAUACCAGUUGGUGACUGUGAGAUUGGUACCACAAAGAAAGCUUGCAAGAACUGUACCUGUGGGAGAGCUGAGGAGGAAGAGAAAGUUAAGCUAGGAUUGACCACAGAGCAGCUGAACAAUCCUCAGUCAUCCUGUGGAAGUUGUGGACUCGGGGAUGCUUUCCGUUGUGGCACAUGUCCAUACAAAGGUCUUCCUCCAUUCAAGCUUGGUGAAAAGGUAUCCUUGUCCAGCAACUUCCUCGUGGCAGACAUUUAAAAAUGCACCAUGUCGGACUUGGACUUCUUAAGAAGCUUUUCGAAUGGCGAAGGAGUUUUUGUCUGCUAAAAUGGUAUUUUCAGGUUUCUUGAGGUGGUUCAGAGAAUGUCAGAUGGUAAGAAGGGCGUCUAUUUUGUUUGCAACGUUCAGUUGAAAGUUACUACAGAUAGGAGGAUAAGUGCUAUUGAACAUUUUCAUGUGCUGUACUUAGGCGAGGCAUAACGUCUUGCCAGAUUAACAUGCUGUCGAAUCUAGUGUACGAAUGGUUCCUGCUAGUUGAAAUCUCCUGUACCGAGAUGACGAAUUUAGAUAGAGUGGGUCGAGAUAGAUUGAAUUUGAGCUCUCUCAUCAGAGCAAUUUUUGCUGAAUUCUAAUAGAAGUCCAGCGUUAUG